AAUUUGUAAAUACAUUUUUAUAUGUUUAAGUUAUAUUAAACCGAGCGUGCAGCUUUAAUGUCGUGCUAACUGGCCCAAAUUAUAUGUUCUGAAGUUUGCUUCAGCUGUGUGUUUUUUGUUAAGUACAUAUGUAUAUCAAGUCCACAUUUCUGCUUACGCAAGCUGCUGACGACGAGGAACACAACAACAUCAACAACAGCAUGAAAUCAUUAAUGUCCGCCAACCUGCGGAGCAUCACAACUGAGAUUAGCGAGGGCAACUAUGAGCUGGCCAUGCGCCUGAUCAACAAAGGUCUUGCCAGCGGCAAGAAGAACAGCGAGAGCAAUCAAGACCAUGUUAUGGCAUUGCUGGAGCUGAAGAACAUUUUGGUGCGUCUGCGACUAAAAGGCGAAUCACCAGAUCAGACAUUUGGACCCACACUGAAAUCGAAUGCUUUGCCACACAGCUUUAGCAUCGAGAUGCUGGACGUGGUUCAGAAGGUGUUGCGUUGUCGCAGCCACUACGAAGUGUUGCGCAUCUCGCAUCAUGCCACCUAUUCGGAGGUGAAGCGUGCCUACAAACGUUUGGCACUGCGUCUGCAUCCGGACAAGAAUCGAGCGCCUGGCGCCGACGAAGCCUUUCAACGCAUCAAUGAGGCAGCCGACACAUUGACCGACAAUCAGAAGCGCAUCGAUUACAAUAUGCUGACGGUAAUUGGCGAUUGUUUUGGUGCGAGAAAGCGACGUUGGAGCAGCGGAGAAGCGGACGAGGACGAUGAGGUGGAAGAGUAUGCAGAGCAAAUGGAGGCGGAAUUUGAUGCGGAGGAGGAAUACAGUCAGCAGCGUCGUCCAUCAUAUCAGCCAGCGAAUCAACGUGUGCCGCAGUCACAGUCGCUCUACCAGACCGAGCAGCUGGUCAUUGGACUCGCUGCCUCGGUGGUGUUCAUAGUUAUAACGCUGCAGUACAUGGCCAAAGCGCCGAACUUUAGUUUCACGCCCACCAGCACCCACAGCGUGCAGCUGACGAGUAGCAUCAAUCAAGUGCCCUACUUUGUGACGCCCGAGUUUGCGAGCAGCGAACAAACGCCGGAGCAACUGCAGCGCAUGGAGGAGCAGAUCGAGGAGAUGUAUCUGACGGAUCUGAAGUACAGUUGCAAGCAGGAGCGCAAGAUGCGCGAUAAGUUGCUCAAUCGCGCACGCAACGCAAACAAUCGCAACUUGCGGGAUCACGCUCUAAAGAUGCCAACGCCCGCUUGUCAUGCUCUCGUCAAGAUCGAUCAGGCCAAGUACAAACCGCUAAUUAUCGAUAAUUACGAUCCUGGCGCCAAUGAGGUUUGGAACUGAGCAAGUCAACUAAAUUAGAAAUGAAUUGUGCUGAAUCUAUGCCAAGUUUUAGUGAAUUGAUUAUGAAAAUGUAACAAAUACAAAUACAAAUAAUAUACAAAUAA